CAGGGUACCAUUUUAUUUUCAGAAUGCCCUUCUCUUACUUGAUUCAGAUUGCUGCUCUUAUUUUUGGAUGUUAUGCGUAAUUUCUUUUGGUACAUUAGAAAGAAAAAUAAAAAAUUUAAAGUUGUUCAUAAGCAAUAUGCUUAAGUUGGAAACUUUAUGUUCUUAAUUAAGUGCAUGAAUCCAGAGUAUUACAGAGCCUCUUCAUGAUUGUGAUUCUCCACAAACAAGUAGUUUUUGGAUAUGCGCUUUAUACGUGUACUUGAACGAGUAUGUAAGUUUUAAAAAAAUUGGAUAAAUGCAAUGCUUUUGACUUAAUCAUUUGUCUAACAUUGUUUGGUUGGGCACAGAAUUUGAGAAAUAAGAAGACUUUUGUGACACCUUGGAUAUAUCCACACAUAAUGGAUCUAAACAUGUACUAUGCUGCAAUGAAAGGGAUUAUGGAAAAUGGUGAUUUUUCACUUGUUGAUCAUCUGAAAAGGGAGGAAUUAGAAAAUGGUUACCAAGUCACUUCAAAGGGAAACACAAUCCUCCAUGUGGCAGCUCUCUUUGGCCAACGAGGUUUCGUGGGAGAAGUCCUUAAGAUUACCCCGGCAUUAUUAUGCUAUAAGAAUAAGAAAAAUGAAACUGCGCUUCACAUUGCAGCUGAUGCAGGACAAAGUGAAGUGGUGAGUGAGCUACUUAGCGUAGAAGGAAAAGAGACACUUGUGAGGAUGACGGAUGACAUUGGAGAUACGGCGUUGCACAAGGCUAUGAGAGGUGGACACAUUGACAUUGUCAGGAUGUUGGUGAAAUUAUUACUAGAUCCUGAACACGACUUCCCAGCCAAUAAGGCAGGGGAGACACCACUUUAUUUGGCAGCAGAGUCUGGUUUUCAUGAUGCUUUGAUUGAAAUCUUGAACGUUUGCAAAGAACCAACUUAUGUUGCAGGUCCAUCCAAUCGAACACCUCUACAUGCAGCUGUAAUUCAAGAACACACGGAAUGCGCGAGAUCACUAUGGCAAUGGAAUAAACCUUUAUGCGAAGAACCUGAUAAAUGGGGUUGGAAUUCACUGCACUAUGCUGUUAAACAAGGAUUGAAAGAAAUAGUUUCCGAUAUGUUGGGAUGGAAGAAAUCUUUAGCCUACCUUCUGGCAGGCAGUGAAAAUGACUGGACGACAACGUUUCACAUUGCAGCUAGUGAAGAUGAUGUGUUCAUGAUAUUUCAGUUAUUAAGCCACUGCCCAGAUUGUUGGGAAAUGCUUAAUAGCAAUGGCCAAAAUGCUCUUCAUGUUGCCAUAUUGAACGAUCGUAAAGUGUUGGUCGAGCUGUUACUUGACUUGGAAUUUUUUAAUAGCCUUGUUGAUGAGGCAGAUAAUGAAGGCAAUACUCCACUCCAUUUGCUUGCUGCCUCUAGGGACCAUGUGCCGCAAAUAAUAUUAAACCAUCCUAGAGCAAAGAAGAUGGCAUUUAACAAACAAAAUCAGACUCCACUUGACAUAGUAAUGUCUCGUACACGGACAAUAACGAAGGUGAAAUUGGCAUUCGAUUUGUGCGGCAUUAAUGCACGAUUGGGACAACGUUGUGACUUUGAGGUAAUACGUCAAACAAAGGAAUUGAGUAUGACAAAACUACUACUAGGGACGGUGAAGGAUGAUGAUGAUGAAGCCAAAGAUAAGAAAGAAAAACUAGAAAUCGAAAAAAUUAUGAAGUCAACUGAAAUACAAGUAGUUGUAGCUACUCUAAUAAUGACAGUCUCGUUCACAGCUGGUUUUACAUUGCCAGGAGGUUUAGACGACAACGAUGACAGUCCUAAUAAAGGGAUGGCGACUCUAAUAAAGAAAACAGCAUUCCGUGCAUUUGCUAUUUCGGAUGUCCUGGCAUUUACAUUCUCAGCUAGUGCUAUAUGCAGCUACUUUACCAUGGCAAAUAGAUAUCGAGGCUACAAUGAAGAUACUAACGUUCGAGUUUUGAGGAUGAAGUAUCGUAUAGCAAAUGUUUUGCAACUUUUGGCAUUGUAUGCAGCUGUAGUUGCAUUUGCAACUGGUAUGUAUGCUACUUUAGAAAAUUCACAUGCUCUUGCUGUUACUGUUUGUGUCAUUUCUUCCACUUUUUUUCUUAUCUUCUAUUGGACUAGUAUUCGUAGUAAAGACUAAUUAAUUCGAUCACAUGUAA